AUGGGCUGGACCGGCGAAGGGCCAUCGCUGUUCGCGUUUUCCGCCGGGAUGCUGCUGUUCGCGACGCUGGCCGUGGCAUUGCGGUUUGUUUGCCGCGGCUACAUCCUCCGCGUAUUAGGACUGAGCGACUUAUGCAUACUCUUUACACUCCUCUUUUCGCUUGCCGACACCUGCAUCCUGGGAAUCUAUGCCUCCACAGGGUUGGAACUCCCCAAAGACUCCUCCGAGCUCACUUCGGACGAGAAACAGUUCGUCUUCAAAAUGCUAUACGCAAGCAAGUUGGUUGUCAACUUCAGCGUUGUGAUGACCAAAAUCCUCGUCCUGCUCCUCUUUUCUCGACAUCUUCUUGACGUCCUGGCCACGGUAAGGCGACGCACGUUCCUUAUCGUCCUGACGUCGGUAUUCGGCAUUUGUGAUGCCAUAACAAACAUCUUCGCCUGUCUCCCGAUGAGCUCCUUUUGGAAUCUGGACCAACCUGACCACCAAUGUAUCAGCAUCGGUGACACGAAGGCGCUCGCGGACGCUGUUAUAAGCUGUGUGCUCGAUGCCGCCAUUUUUUGUCUUCCACUCCCCUUAAUCUGGCCCAUGACUCUGCCGUGGCGCCAGAAAGCUUGGCUCUACUUUGCUUUUGCCCUGGGCUUCUUGGUUUGUGCCGCCUCCGCAGUACGGAUUUACCUUGUCCUGGGCGGCGUCGGGAUACCCAGCGAGGAGAACAGCCUUCCGUAUUGGGUGGCUACCGAGAUCAAUGUGGCCAUUGUCAUCGCCUGCAUCCCGACGCUUCGCCUCCUUGUGGUUAGGAUCUGGCCUCGACUAUUAGAAACAGCAGCAGAGGACGCCAAAACCAGCGGAAAUGGCCGUACUUCUCAGCCGGAACAAGAGUUUUGA